AUGGUCAUAUGCAAGCCUUUUGGCAAGCAUUGGCAGACUAUCAUCUUGCUGAUAUGGGGGCUGCUGGUGGCCCUUUCACUUAGAGCGAUUCCAAUAACAGAGCGCUUAGAUAGAGGUACGUGUUCCCAAGCUUGGCAGGCGGAGGUUGGUUUCUCUAGGGUUGUGAAUUUGUUUCCUAGUCGCUCUGACCAUGUUCCCCUCCUCUUGGAGGUAGAGGAGGCUUGGGGUAUACCCCAAAUUAGGGAUCCUAUGCUUCGGUUGUGUCAUAAGAUCAAAGGAGUGGGUGGUGAUUUACUAGAAUGGGAUAGAAUAGUGUUCCAAAGCAGAAGGCAGGAAGUUGAGAGUGUUAGGUCCCAACUCAAUGAUCUGCUACAGAAACCCUUUGACCAGAAUGAUAUCGAGGUCAAACAACAACUGACCAGAAGGUUGAAUGAACUUAUGUCCAUUGAUGAGACUUAUUGGCGUCAGCGCUCUCGUGCAAUUUGGCUCAAGGAUGGGGAUAGGAAUUCAAGGUUUUUCCAUAAGAGGGCAUCUAAUCGGCACCAAAAGAAUAAAAUCAAAGGGUUGUUUAAUGACAACGGUGUGUGGCAAGAUUCAAAACAAGGAAUUGAGUCUGUUGUUUUGGACUACUUCCAAUCCAUCUUUAGUUCCCAGGUUCUGGAUUUAGAUGCUCAAAACUUGGUGUUGCAAACUAUUGGAGGAGGGGGACAAGAAGGCUUCUUGGCACUCAAAUUGGAUAUCAGCAAAGCCUAUGAUAGGCUGGAGUGGGUUUUUUUGCAGAAGAUUAUGCUCAAAGUGGGAUUUGUUGUUGCAUGGGUGGAGCUGAUCAUGUUUUGCUUAUCUACGGUACGCUACUCUUUUCUUAUUAAUGAGGUACCUAGGGGAUAUGUGACACAGCAGCGUAGGUUGAGGCAAGGAGACCCUAUCUUUCCUUAUUUAUUCUUGCCAUGUGCUGAGGGUUUGUCUGCUUUGAUUUCCCAUGCCGUCUCUUUUGGUCAGUGGCAGGGCUUACGUAUAUGUGAUGGAGCUCCCAUUAUUAGCCAUCUACUAUUUGCUGAUGACAGUAUGAAGUAUUUUAAUGCUACUUCUCAGGAUUGUUCUAUUAUCCGUGACUUGUUGAAUAUUUAUGAGAAGGCCUGGGGGCAGCAGGUUAAUUUGCACAAGAGUAAUGUGGUUUUUAGUGGCAGUAUGCAACCUCAUCUAUGUGUAAAUUUGGCGCGAAUUUUGGGAGUGCAGGUGGUUGAUAAGCAUGAAAAGUAUUUGGGUAUUCGUACUCUAGUUGGCCGGUCCAAAUCUGAUACUUUUGCUUAUAUUAAAGAUAAGGGAAAAUUUUAUGAAUGGUACCCGAAGUAA